ACAGUGAUUCGUCGUUAGAGUUCAAUUGUUGUUGUAUUCCAUAAUUUUAAUUGUUAUUCUUUGUCCGCUGUAAGCCGUUUGUCGAUUAUUUGCAAAAAAAUGGCAACUUCUAUCAAAAUUGAUAAUGGCUUCGCCGUCAAACUUUCGUCUCAUCAACUGUUCCAGAAAAAGAUCUAUUACAGCAACAACAUGGACGAAACAAACCAAGCAAAAUUCAGUUACAGCAUAGUACCCACCACUGCCAAAGACAAGCAUACUGUUGCUGCUUUCCUAAGAAAAUUCUUUUUCCGCGAUGAACCAUUGAACGUAGCGAUACAGUUGUUGGAAGAAACAGAUUCGGCAGCAAAACUUGAAAAUUACUGCAUUAGCUAUUUACAAUAUGGAAUGACAUUUAUGGCGGUAUCUCAAACUGGUGACAUAAUGGGCGUAAUUUUGAACAACAUAAUGCAUAGAGACGACGUAGAAGAAGACGACGAGGACGGUGAAACAUGUAAUGACAAUUUGAAGUUUAAGGACAUCGUGGUUCUCUUGGAAAAAAUUAAACGAGAAGCAGACGUGUUUACCCAAUAUAAAAAUGUAAAUCGUAUAUUGGAAAUAAAAAUUGUUACAGUGAAUGAAGCUUAUAGAGGCCAAGGAGUAUGCAAGGCGCUCGUCGAUAAAACAAAAGAAUAUGCACUGGAAAUGGGUUGUCAAAUGAUUUACGUAGAGUGCACCAGUCAUUAUUCUGCCAAGGCAGUCGAAAGACUUGGUUUUCAAUGCAUUUAUUCGCUGGCCUAUAACGAUUAUGUAAACGAACAUGGUGAGAUGGUGUUCAAAACACAAUCUCCACACAGAGGUGCCAAAGUGUAUGUGUUGCCUUUGUAAUAAUACCUUCAAUUCGAUUUGAACCUCUACACAGUUCGCCCACCUCCUUUACAAUAACAAUAAUAAUCAUUAGUCGUUAACAGUAACGUAUUUUUUUGUAUAUAAUUUAUGAAUUUUUUAUAAUGUACCAGACUAUAAAGUUCAACAAAAAAUCAAAAUUAUAAACUACGAGUAUAUCUAUAUAUAUAUAUUUAUCAUGUUAUUGUACUUUAUUUAUAAUUGUUGAUUUAUAUAAAAGAUAUUUUAUUGAUUUUGCUUUGGUCUACUAGCAGUUACAUUAUUAUGAAUUUCUUGUUUGAAAUGUAUAAUAUGAUUAUAUCUUUAAAAUUGAUAUAUUUCUAUGUUUCAUAAAAAUAAUACUGAGCGAAUUAUUAUUAUAAUUAUAUAUUAUUUUUUUUUGUUACAUGUAUUAUGAUAUUGUGUAUUUAAUAAAAGAAAUAUUCAAAUUAUAAUACACAUACCUAUUAAAUAAA